AAGUACACAUGGCAUAGUAAAAAGCGGAAAGUGAAUCAUUGGCAGGUGUUGACGAAUGUAAUAUUAACUUAUCUUUGGAAAGAGAAACCACAAGAAUCUACACACUGUUACACGAGCCAUGUAUAACAGCAAGAGGAAAAUGGCGAGCCGGAAACGGGAUAGGAAUGGAGAAGUGAUAACAGAAAGCAAUGAAUUGAGAAGGCCGAACAUGGGCCCCGCCCCCUACCACUAUGAGCCUCUGGCUAUGGAGAACCUGAACCUCUGUGACUAUACCACCAGGUUCAGCUUGGAGCAGGCUAAGACGGGACAAGCAACCCGACCAAUACGAGUUUAUGCUGACGGAAUCUACGACAUGUUUCACAGUGGCCACGCCCGACAACUGAUGCAAGCCAAACUGGCCUUCCCAAAUACCUACCUCAUAGUGGGAGUGUGUAAUGAUGGCCACACACACAAGAUGAAGGGCAGGACUGUCAUGAACGAACGAGAAAGAUACGAAGCUGUCAGACAUUGUCGAUAUGUCGAUGAAAUUGUCACAGAUGCACCCUGGGUACUGAAUGAAGAAUUUCUAGAAGAACACAAGAUUGACUUCGUGGCACACGACGAGCUCCCCUACACAGCCGGUUCCAGCAACGGGGACGUCUACCAGGGCAUCAAGGAGAAGGGAAUGUUCCUGGCUACAGAGAGGACAGAAGGGAUCUCCACAACGGAUGUGAUAGCCAGGAUUAUCAAGGACUACGACAUGUAUGUGAGGAGAAAUCUCCAGAGAGGGUACACAGCCAAGGAGCUCAACAUCGGCUUCAUGAAGGAAAAGCGGAUCAUCUUCAAGGCCAACUAUGAGAAGAUGGGUGAGAAGGUGAAAGAGAAAGGAAAGGAGUUCUACGACAAAUGGAAGGAGUCGGUCGACAAGGGCAACGAGCUCAUCCACAAAUGGGAGGAGAAAUCCAAGGAGUUCAUCGGCAGCUUUCUCGACAUGUUUGGCAACAAUGGGAAACUGAGCAACUGGUUUCAAGAGAGCAAGAUUCGGAUCGGCCGAGCAAUGUCCCCUACAUCAAGUCCAUCUCGCGAUGACUCUCCGUCUCCGUCCUCCAGUGAACCUUCCAGCCCCCCAACCAAGAGGGGGCGCUUCUCACCGGAGCUGCGAUAUGAAGAAAUUGAGGAUGAAGACUUAUAAGAAGCUGUUGCCUUACAAAUUUUCAAACUGAUUUGAGAACUCAAUCGCGAAAGAAUAUGGAUAAUUUGAUUCUUCAAAUAUCCAAAAUGGCGACAUGGUAUAUAGAUGAUGUUAAGAAGACUACAAUUAUAAUAUUUAUAUCAUUGCAAUAUUAAAUGGAUAUUCAGGAAAUAUCGCUUUGUAUGUCUCAUGUCUCUGACAUGGCUGACAUUGUAUUGUUACUAUGGUAACCAGCAUCAUAAUGACAGUUUACUGGCUGCAGUUUCUGCUAUUGUAUGACAUAUGUAAGUUUAUUGUCUGGAAUGAAUCCUAGCAGCUUUUCAUGACAUUUGUGAACCGGACAUUAUUACUUGAAUCGUAUAAUUGUCAUUGACUGCAUUGAAUUAUGUCAUUGAUCGGAUAAGGUUUUAUUAUUAUGGUAUAUAGAGGGAUUGAACACAUUUCUGACAGAUUCUUGUCACUGUAAAUUAUGAUUGAUGCACAUACUUGUAAUAUCUGAAUGAUACGAAUCCUUGUAAACGCUGAUGGAAAUCCAGCAUCAUGAUCUCCAAGAGAUACUAAUCCUCCUGAUGCUGAUUAAAAUAACGUUAAUAGAUACAGAUGUUCAUUAACUCUGAUAGAUAGAAAAAUAGAUACAUAGAUGCAUCAUAAAAAUUUGAUAGAUAUAACACAAAUCCCAGGAAUAAGAUCAACAGGGAACCUACAGUGGCCUCUAAUGUAGUUAACCAAUCACAAUGUUUCACAGGCUGUGGUAGGAAGGGAGAUAACUCCUCAUACAUAGAUCGACAGCCACACAAAAUAUGAGUGAAGGAGAUUAUCAGGUCAUGAAACAUUUUGUAUAAAGUCAUUAUUCGUUGAUAUAUUUUCAGUUAAAUUUCCCUCUUAAACAAUGAGCAUUCCUUCUUACGAUAUUUUAUUGUCCCGUGAAGUAAAAUCGUGUCCUUAUUGCUGUGAGUUAAAUGCCUGGUGAUAUCAAACAUACACACCACACUGACAAUAUAAUUGAUGCUUAGUCAACCAUUUCCCCCUUUCACAUACAGGGACACAUAACCCAUCCUCAGUUAUACAGGGUAUUUUAUCAAUUCCAUUAUCAAGAACCCUGGUACCAUCAUCUUCUCCAUUUCUGCUAACAUUGUGUUCCUGAGCAGAGUUUUAGUGGACAGCUAUGGUGACGAGUAGGACUGGUAUAUAUGACAGUGGGUAGCUUUGUAGUUGAAGCCUUCACUAGUCCCGCUUAACACCAAGGUUUGAUUCCCUGCAUUGUACAAUUGUGUAGAUCGAUGCUCAUGCUGUUGAUCAUUGGAUUGUCUGGUCCAGACUCGAUUAUUUACAGAUCGCCACCAGAUAGCUGGAAUAUUGCAGAGUGUGGUGUUAAACUACAACUAAACCAAACCCUGGGUUGGGACAAUGUUUGAAGCCUAUUUCUGGUGUCCCCUGCUGUGAUAUUAUUGGAGUAUUGCUGAAAGCAGUAUAUAACCACACGCACUCACUACAAAAUAUUUAUGGCAUCAGAAUGGUAACAUACACUUUGUUGUCAGAGAUGGUGUGGGUUGGAAUUUAGUAAUUUGUGAGUGAGUGAGUUUAGUUUUAAGCCACACUCAGCAAUAUUCCAGCUAUAUGGCGGCAGUCUGUAAAUAAUCGAGUCUGGACUAGACAAUCCAGUGAUCAACAGCAUGAGCAUCGAUCU